AUGCAGGAGGUUACACUUGUACAGGGGAUUGCCUCAGCUGCAGUCGAACAGGAGCUUAAACCGGUUGCAGCACCAGAGGGUGACCGCCAGCCUCUGCCCCUUGCAGAGUGUCAAGGGGUCGACGAGAGCAUGACAGCCACAACUGUAAGCAAGGAUGGAGCCUUAUUGGUGGAGGAGGUGAGCCCUGAAAAAGUGGAAAUUGUACGAGAGCAGACUUUGGAAGCUGAAGAGACGGAGGUGGUUAGGGAGCAGUCUGUCAAAAUUGUUGAGGAGGGAGAUCAGGAAGAACUUCGGGCAAUGGUAUCAGUCACUGAGAAGGUGGGAGCAGAGCAGAUUGCUGAAUGCAGGAAGACUGAGGUAGUUCCAGCACAUGCAGCCAGCAAGGAUGAAGCAGUGAUGGAGCGAGUGGGCGCCACGAUUUCAGAAGUUGCUCAGCAGGUGGGGGUCGAAAGGGUUGAAGCUGCUGCUGUGGAGGACACCGAAGACGUUUCAGAGGUGGGAGCGGAAAAGGCGUUGGCUGAACGCACGGAGGAUGCAGGUGUCCCGGAGAUCCCAGUGGAACAGAGUGUAGAAACCCGAGUGAAAGUGGAACAGAGUGUGACCGAGGCUGUGUCCAUUGAAGAGACUGGGCAGAUUUCUCCGCCGGCAGGAGUGAGCCAGGUAGAGACUAGUGAGGAGCACGUUGAGGUUACUCCAGCAGUGAGUGUGACUGAAGUUCUGCCUGGUGAAGGUGCAGUCAAAACCAUUGCCGUGGAACUGACAAAGGUUGAGAGUUGUGUUGAGCCCAGUAGAAUCACUUCAGCAGUGGGAGUGACUGAGGUGGUGUGUGGUGAGGAGAUAACUCAGAUCACUCCAGUGGGAAUAACAGAGGUGGUAUUGGGUGAGGAACCCAUUGAAAUCAUUCCAGUUGUGGGAGUAGCUGAGGCUGUUUGUAGCGAAGAGACCACUGAGAUCACACCAGUGGGAGUAAUAGAGGCUGUAUUGGGUGAAGAACCUAUUGAAAUCUCUCCAAAAGUGGAUGUGACUGAGGUGAUGUGCAGAGGAAUUGGUGAAAUCUCUCCGGGAGAAGCAACAGAGAUGGUGCGUAGUGAAGAGACCACUGAACUCGCUCCAGUAGGAGUAACAGAGGCUGUAUUGCGUCAAGAGCCCACUGAAAUCACUCCAGCAGCAGGAGUAACUGGGGCAAUCUGUAGUGAAGAGACCACUGAACUCACUCCAGUAAGAGUAGCAGAGGCUCUUUUGGGUAAAGACCCCAUUGAAAUCAUUCCAGCAGCGGGAGUUACUGAGACACUUGUGGGUGAAGAGACCAUUGAACUCACUCCAGUAGGAGUAACAGAGGCUCUUUUGGGGGAAGAGCCCAUUGAAAUUCCAGUGGGAGUAACUGAGGUAGUUUGUAGUGAAGAAACCACUGAGAUCACACCAGUGGGAGUAACAGAGGCUGUAUUAGGUGAAGAACCCAUUGAAAUCACUCCGGCAGUGGAAGUGACUGAGGUGACGUGCAGAGGAAUCGAAAUUGCUCCAGAAGGAGCAACGGCUGCAGUGUGUGGUGAAAAGACCACAGAGAUCACUCCGGUAGAAGUAAUGGAGAUCAUAUCUGGCGAGCAACCUGCUGGGCGCUCUCCUCUGGGUGUAACUGAGGUGGUACCUGGUAAGGAGCCUAUUGACGUUGCUCCACCAGUGGGAGUGACAGAGGUGGUGUGCGGCAAAGAGACCACUGAAAUCACUCCUGCAGUUGUACUGGAGUCUUUACCCAGUGAAGAGCCUAUGAGAAUCACUCCAACAGUGGGAAUGACGGAGGCAGUGUGUGGUGAAGAGACCACAGAACUGGCUCCAUUGGGAGUAACUAAGGUCAUACCCAGUGAGGAGGCUUUCGGAAUCACUCACGUGACGGUAACUAAGGUUUUAUCUGAAGAGACAGUCAAAGUCUCUUCUGUUGAUCUGUCUGAAGCUUUACCUGGUGAAGAGCAGAUUGCAGUCACUCCAGUGGGAGUGACUGAGGUGUGUGGUGAAGAUUCUAUUGAAGUUGCUGCAGUGGUGCACAGUGAAGUGGCUGACGCUGCUUCGGCGGAGGCAGGAGUGGAGGAGAGCAAGUCUGAACGAGAAGGUGAAGCUCCACGGCAAGGAGCAAAUGAAGAGGAUGUACAAAAGGUGAUGGACUCCGAAGCAGCACAGGAGCAGCUCACUCCUGUUGAGAUCAUCCAACAGGAUAUGGGAGCUGAGAUUGUGGAGACUGCAAUGGAUGAAGCAGUGUGUGAAGAGCUUGUUGAAAGCCCUAAAGGGCAGAGAACACAGGAAGCACUUGCUGAUUCAUUGGGCUUGGUGACACAAAUUCUACAGUCCACCACCACUGAAGGGCCAAGCAAAGAAACAAACGAAACCACUACAACUAAAGUUGCAGGCACUGAGGUGAAAAGUGAAACUGUUUGUGAUGAGCUCGAGGGCAUGAAAUCAGUGCAGCCUGCAGCUGAAGAAACAGAUACCACAUUGGCCACAGUGUCUAGAGAUCAGGGAGAAAUUUCUCCAGGGGAGCAUCCUGAAAAAUCACUCACGGAAGCUGCCGAAACACAAGCUGGCGAGGCGUCAGCAGCCAAACAAGUUGAAACCGGAGCGACUUGUGUUACUAGUGAGCUACUGAGCGCAACCAGUGAAGGUACGACUCUUGAGCAGGCUCUGGAUGUGGUUGAGCCAGCAGAGGAAGUGGAGUGCAAGCUGGCCUCCGAGGAAAGGGACAAGCCAGCACCAGAUGAGUCCAUUGAAAAGAUCUCACUUAAAGCCGGUGAGCUUGGCCGGGGUGACCAGCCGGCCGUGACAAGUCAAGUUCAAAGUGUGAGUGUUCCUAAACCGUGUCAACACAUAGAGGGGGCAGCUGAGUUGCAAAGUGAUGUGGAGUUAAAGAGUUCCUCAUCUGAUUCACUCGUCAAAGAGCAACCCCUUUCGUUGUCUGACCCACAAACUCCAGUUGGCUUUUCCAAAGAAAAAUGUGAAGUAGAUGCUGAAACAAUAUGUCCAACUUUGGAGAGUGCCCCUGAAGUAAAAUUGCAUGUUGCUUCUGUUGAUGAAUUUCAAGUUCUACAGAAUGAGAUGGUGAUCCUGAUGGAGGAUCUUCCUGUAGUUAAGAGUUCAGAGUCUUGUGAAGAGGCUUUCCUAGUGACUGUAUCUUCUGUGGAGGAGAAGGUAAUUGCAGAGACUGUAACAACUGUAUCGGCUGAGAUUCUAGAGCCGAGUGCUGUGGAUCAGGUUCUGCCACCCUGUGAGGAUGUUAAGCAAGUUUCAAUAGUAGAGACUGCAGCUGUCAUAGUAGAGACUGCAAUAGAAGUGGCUACAGGCUGCAUGUCUAGUACUCCUGAUGAUUCUGAAACGGUCUUGACAACUGAUGUACAAGAAGCAGAGAGCUGCAGAAAGGAGCGACUUGAAGAUCAGCUGGCCGAAUGCAAAAUCAAAGAAACCGUUACCCAGAAACUGGAGUGUUUGGAAACUCGGACCGAGGUAGAAGUGAGUCAAACUCAGACAUUUGAACAGCAAAGUGCACAAGCUGCUCAGGUUCUCAGUCAGGAUCCUCUGGUACUAACUCAGCUGCAGGGACAAGAGAGUACUAAGGAAGAGGAAAAAUUACUGAGGUUACAAAAGGAUACAGCAAUUGAAGGAACAAGUGAAGUGGUUGAUCAAAGAUUUCAAACUUCAGGAAAUCAGGACUUUGAAGGAAAAGAGAGUGUGUUGAUGCAGUCAGCUGAGAUGGUGUUGGAGACGACUGUAAGAGGUGGUCAGGAGUCAAUUGAGACUGAAACUCUUGCAUCAAUGCACACUGAGCUAGGAAGGGAAUCAUCUGACGAUACUUCGGGCAAUAUUUCAAUCUCUUCAGAAGUGACCAGAGCUGAAUGUUGCCAAUCAUUGGAGCAGCCUGAAGCAACACGUCCAUCUAUAGAACUGACCAAGCAAACCCAACUUGUAACAAUCCAGCAAAUAGGUGAAGAACAGAGUUCUCUACAUGGUGCACAAGGUGGAAUGAUCUCAUUGACUGGAGAAUUAGCAAAUGAAAAUGAGGUGGAAGCAGUUCAGUUAAAUCGUGAAGCAAUGGAUCAAAGUCAGUCAGUCGGGACAGAUGAAAAGCAAAGCCAUGAAGUAGAGACUGAGCCAUCUGUCGAAUUGGCAAAAGGUGCCGCUGAGAGGACCCCAUCCUGAGAUCUCCAAACAGUUGCGGGAAAACUGAAUGUGAAGCCAGGGAGACUCGAAGACUCUCACUCUACUGUGACAAGACCAAGUACCACUGUCAUGAUAGUCCUGUUGAUUUGACAAUCCUGACUCAGUUCAAGAGCUUUACCUACACUAAUAAUUAUGUAUUCUAAUGUUUUAUGCUUUUAACCUGUUCUGAUGAUAAAUGUAACAUCUGUUGAAGCAAUGCUGUUUCCUCACAGUCUGCUGAUUGCAUGUGGGGAAGGGAGUUGUAAUCUGAACAUUCUGGGAAUGGUUGCUGUAUUCACAGAACUAAGAUGAAAGACUCCUUAUGUUACUUAAUGUGAAAGUUAAUUCUGAAAAUAUCCUGAGAUACUGGUGUCCUCAUCAGUCUGAUUUAAAAAAAAACUAUGGGGUAUUUUUAAGUUCACUCUUAAUUGUCUAGGGCUUGGUUCUUGAUGCUUGCCAAAGUAAUCCAGUGGUGACAAGCUGAACAAUCAUCUUUACCUUGGACAUAGACUGAAGUAGUCCUGAAAUGACACAUUUGUCAGGCUCCUUGAGCUCAUGCCAAUGUGUUCUGCAUUCUGAGGGCUGACUUGGGGGUUCUUAAAUCCUAUGGAGAGUAGAGUAUUGUUUAGAGUUGAUAAGCCAUGCAGUGUGUCUAAAACAAGGUUGUAGUUGUACCAAAUCUGUCACCAAUGCACAUGAAGAUGACAUACAAUUGCCUUUGGCUAGUUGCUUUCAACUAUUAGAUUGCAAAGACUGAAGUGUCGUUGUCUAAGGGAGUUGUAUGUUGGCAGAGGCCAGGCUCACUGGAAAACUUGUUACACUAUGAAGUGAAGAUCCAUUAUAUUGGGUUAAGGUUUGUUUGGACUGCCAUGACAACUUUCCAAGAUGUGCCUUGGUAUUGCAUAUUAUUAAUGCUCAACACUUCAUUGUAUUGUUCUGGUUUUGAUGUUUCCUCUGUCUUUGUGAAUACCCCAGCCCCCAAUAAAACAUGCCGGCUAUUAUUAAAGCAAUGUUGGGAGUUGAUUGUCCAAGUUGGAUAGUCCUUCCAGCUCACUUUCCUCUCCCUUGAUAAACCGACACCUGAGUGUUGUAACACAUCACUGUACAGUUCCUGUCUUGUGUUAGUGAUAUUUUUCAGUAUGCCAUUAGGUUAAUAUGGCAAUUACUGUACACAGAUUUACCCCACUUCAUUAACCAGGGCAGGAGCCACAACUCAGCUGUUCUCAUUAAUACUGCUGUGCUUUUAUAACUGAAUGUGAAAUUGAUAUUUGUACAAAUUGCAUUACCCAUGUACCUAAGCCAUAUUGGAAUACUUCUGCAAAUAAAGUAAUAUUAGCAUUAA